CGGGCUACCAUAUGGUCACAUCAACAUAACCUUGUAUGCAUAUAACAUCAACACAAUCCUCAGAACCAGAACGACAGUAGAAGGAGGAAGAGAAAUGUCAACUAUUGAAAGUUGUUAACCUUCAAGAAAAUAACCGGAUUCUAAUUUUGCGGAUUGUAGCCUAUUCCCUUAAUUUUAGUUCAAGACGGGGAAAGUACGUGUGUUAGGUAUGAUGGGGUUGAUACUCAACACAUUUUUUGUUUUAUACCUGUUUAAUUUUUUUGAGAAAGGAAAUGUGUCUACGGACUUUCACUUAAAAAAGGCAUAUCAUGAACCAAGAGCACUAAAAAAUGAUGCAGUGUCCCAGAUUGCCGGGUUAUCUAACAUGGAACGUUUUGACAAGAUCCUGACAAAGAUUUUGGUUCCCAGAGUAGUGGGUACUGAGUCUCACCAGAAAGUGAGAGAGUAUAUAAUGGGUGAAAUGAAGAAUCUAGACUGGACAGUAGAAACUCAAGUGUCAGAACAGAACACUCCUCUGGGUCAGCUGACGUUUACAAACAUUGUCGCUCGACUUAAUCCCUCGGCUGACCGUUACCUUGUUCUGGCAUGUCACUACGAUAGCAAAAAGAUGCAUGAGGGGGCAUUCCUCGGUGCAACGGACUCAGCUGUUCCCUGUGCCAUGAUGAUUGACUUGGCUUAUGCUCUUCAGGACAGUCUAGAGCAGUUCAAAAAAUCGGAGCUGAGUUUGAUGUUCGUAUUCUUUGAUGGGGAAGAAGCAUUUGUGGAAUGGGGUCCAGAUGAUUCUAUUUAUGGAGCUAGGAGUCUUGCCAAUAUGUGGGAACAGAACAAGUAUCCUGAGAUUACAUCUUCCACAGAUCAUCUGGACAGAAUGGAUCUGCUGGUACUUCUAGAUCUACUGGGGGCACCCAGGCCCACAUUCUUUAGCUACUUCAAGAAAACCAACAAGUGGUACCUUCAGAUGGUUUCUGCAGAAAGACGCCUCACUGACCUUGGACUGCUGAAGAAGAAGAAUAAUGAAGUUUACUUCUACAAGAUGCAUCUGACCGCUCAUAUAGAGGAUGACCACAUUCCAUUCCUGCACAAAGAUGUUCCUUGUCUCCAUGUAAUUCCCACUCCAUUCCCAGACUGUUGGCAUAAGAUGUCUGACAAUCGGAAUGCUCUGGACUUUGACACCAUUGACAACUUGAACAAGAUCCUGCGAGUUUUCGUGUUGGAAUAUCUUAAGGGAACGUCGAGGAGUAAGAGGAGUGCAGACACCGAGUACCCAGAAUUAUAAGGACAAAGGCUUUAGGAAUAAGGAAUUUUGAUAAGAUAUCUAUAGAUAAGUAAUAGCUUACCAUUGUAACAGAAUAAGUUUUAGCAUAUUUUUAUUUUCUCAAAUACCAACAGUGAAUAAUUCUUUAUGUGAUUAUUUCAAAUGCUUUCUUUGAUUCAGGUCAUCAUAUUGCUAGUUAACUAUUUUAACCAUCGGAAUUAGAAUUUUACAGUUGAACAUAAAUAGGUCAAGAGAUUAGUAAAAUGUGUUUUCUAAAAAUUUGUAGUAAAUGGGUUUACUUUGUUUUAAAUGUUUCCUACAGGGUAAAAGGUGAGAAAUCUGUGAUUGUGAAAAUGAGUCUUAUUCAGGAUUGUGUACCACUAAUGUUCCACUAUUCAUAGUUGUAAGUUUUUAAAGGAGUUUUGAUAUUCGUGAUUUUUCAACAACAAAUGUUGCGAUUUACAGUUGUGAUUGAAUUGAAUCGAAUCGUUAUUUCCAGUACAUUCCAUCCAUGUUUGAUCACAAAAGCCUUAGGAUUCUAAUUUAUAGCGGUGAAUUUCCUUUUGUUUGUAACCACUACUUGUAAUGUGUAUAUAGCAGACUGGGAUUCCUUAUCAUAAUAAUGAAUUACUUG